GUACUCUAUGCACAGGCCCAUCAUGAUCUAAUGGUCAAAACUAACUAUCAUCAAGCUGCACUUACUAGAACAUUAGCACCAGAUCUUUACAAUCAUCCUCGGUCAAAUCCGAUACCUUACUCCCUGAACCAGGAAAAGGUGAUGAGAGAAGAUCACAACUAUUUUGGAAAGGAAUAUUGGAAUUCAAGGUUCCCAACAAUUCCUGUUCUAGCUUCACAUCAGCGGUAUUUGGUUCAGUCUCCAAGCAUGCGACUCAUUCAGCAAAUGCAGGACAUUUAUAAAGAUACACCACGUCUGGCUCACACACACCCUGACUCCCACUUGGUGUUGCCUUCCAUUAAUCCCAUGGCAGAGAGUGACUCUGAACUGGACACUAGACCAAACAAGAAAAUACCACCAUCAAUGAUACGCUGUAACUCAGAUGGCUACUUGGCACAAAUGGAGAAGGUUAAUAAGCUCAAGGGAAAAAAACACUUCAAGCCUUAUACAAUGAGAGACCACAAGGACCUAAAACUGAAUGUGAAACUUGGAGGUUUGGGACCUGACUAUAAAUCUGUUCAGGAGAAGGCAAAGAAAAUGAAACGACAAAAAGAAUAUGCAAAGCAAAUUAAAGAACAGAAUCUGAAAGGUGGAUGCAAAUCAUCACUCUCCCCACAGAAACAGUCAGCAAGCACUGAAAACAAAAAUGUUACUUCAAGCCGGAAACUGGCAAUAGAAUAUGCUAAAAGCAUUCAUAAACCAAAACCACUUCCAGCUAAUUCCAAGGUGACCAAUGAGACACUGGGUCAGGAUAAGUUAACAAAACUUGGUCGAUGUGUACAGCUGGACCCAUCUGAAAAUACAAUGCUUGAGAUGAUGCAAGAUCGACAUGAAAAGGAGAAGCAAAUUGUGGCGGCCUUUAAGGCAAUGCAUGUGACCUGAAGACAAGAAAUAUUUGAACAUUAUACAUAUUGUAUGGAUCAUACUGAAAGGUCUUAUAAUGUCACAUUAAUAGCACUCUAAUUUGUAUUGUUAUUUUUUAAUAUCACAAUUGCAUUAGUUAUGUCACACAGCAAUCAUUCCAUUGUUGAGAAACAAACGAUGGACUCUCUAUGCAGUCUGCACAAAGAUGGUGAAGGAGAAACCAUGUUUAAAUUAUUUCUAAAAAUAUUUUCCAGUGCAUUUCUUUGAAAGUUCAAACAUAUUUGAAAUAUCUGAAUAUCUGAACACUUAGUUGAAUCAGAUUAGAGGCCAUUCAAAUUUAUCAAACACUAAUUUUGGAGGGAGUUUAGUCAUUCUUCUUCAUUUUGUUCUUACCUGGAUGAAACUGAUGUUUGCAACCUUUGAGCUGGUAGCUCCUUGUGAGUAAAAACUUAGCUUGGGAACCAACAUUUACUGUUGUUUUCAACCCUGCCACUCUCUCGGACACCACUCCGCAGCACUAGCCCAGAUAUCAUCUGAGUGCAAAGUUCUAAGAGCUGAUCGUUUCACCAGGUGGCUUUGCAAACAGCCAGGAGUAAAGAAAUAUGGUUAGGUGUAAUAUCGUCACAAAGAGAGUGCAGCUUGCAGGUAUGAUCUCAGUGGAGAAUCUGCAGCCAUUCAAACAAUUCAAAAAUAUUUGGUAAUUCUGAAUAAGGAGAAUUGGUCCAACCAUUUAUGAAUGAAAAUUAUGUAUUCUGAAAUUCAUCUGUCUUCUAAGGUGCUUAUAAUUAUGGUGUAACAUUUAUUUUGAUGAUCAAGCUCAUCUUAAUCUACUAACAAGAAAGUUUGAAGUGUGCCAUCUACAACUCAAAGCCAUAGAAUACCGUGGCCAAAUAUUAUCUCCUGUCUCAAAGUAAAUUUUCACCAACUCCUGCAGAAGAACUAUCAAGGAUAUUGGACAUUGACUUCUGAUGCCCUUUGUAAUCAGUAGUCCGUAAAAUAGGCAUAUCACGUUUUUGUGUCACCUCCUCAUACAGUAUGUAUAAGCAAUGACUAAUUGAUGUUUGAAAAUUAUUAAUUAAAAUGAAUAAUUUCUAGGCAAUGGGCAAAGAGCAGGGGAGAGGAUCUGAUUAAUUGACUCAUUUUAAGAACAUGACCAGGCACAAAGGGCUGAACGGCUUCCUUCUAUUCCACAUGAUCCUAUGAUUCUAUAAUAUGCAACAAAACCAAAAACCUUUAUCAAGUAAAUUACUUUUGAUAAUAAUUUUUAAAAACAAAUUGUCAAAUUAAAUUGGGCAAAUGGUCUGAAAAUUUACCUCACUGUUAGAAGAGAUAACAUGCACAGAAAUAAUGAUGGAGGCACAGGAUUACACUGAAUUUGUAACUGAGCUCAUCAACAUUAAAUGGAAUAUUAGACUGAUGAUAGAACCUACUAUACAGCAAACUUCAUUGAUACAAUCUAAUUAUAUUUUAAAGGAAAAUAAGUAGUUUUAAACUUGUUCCAACCCCAUGUGGAUGUAUGUUAACCUCUGUUAAUUUUAGUGAAAAUGUAAGUUAGAAAACUUGUUCCAUAACAGUGUUCCUUCUCUAUGAUUAUUUUAUUGUAAUUAUUUUUAAAAUGUUAUUAUUUGUUAUUAAGGAAGAAACUCAAGCUACGUGACCACAUUAAAUCUAUUUUACAUUUAACAUUGUUGCUUUCAAUCCUGGCAAUCCAUAAGACAGCACUUCCCAGUGAAUAACCCAAAUAUCAAAAGUACGCAGGUCUUAGAUCUGAUACUUACACCCAGUGGCCUCACAACCACCCAGAAGUGAAGAAACAUGGUUAGAUUUAAUAUAGUCACAAAGUGAGUGCAAUACAUAUGACAUCAGAUUAUAAAUGAAACAUAGUUGUCAUCUGCUGACCAAAUAAUAUGAAACCGCACUAGAAAUAUCACUGCCCCAUUAUUUAUUGAUUUGAAGCAUCAGCACUUCUAUACACAGUUUGUUCUACUUACAUAGGUACUAAAUGUAAUUUUGAUUCAUAGUUUUGCAUUUCUUUUUAUAUCCCGACUAACUUCAUAAUGUUCAACUGCAAAGGAUAUAUAUAUUUAUCAAUUAACUAAGACCAAUUUUCAUCUUUGUAAACAUCAGUCGUUAUUAUCAAUGGGCAUUCUGACGAUCCUUGUUUGGAUUUGGUGGCCUCUGAAUCACAAGGUUGUGGGUCAGGUCCCAUUCUAGAUACUUAGCAUGAAAAUCUAGACUAACACUUCAGUGUAAUGCUGAGAUAGUGCACUGCUGUAUUUUGGUUGAGACAUUAGGGCAAAGCCACAUCUGCACUUUUAUUUAGGCAUAAAAGAUCAAUGGCACUAAUUUGAAGAUGAGCAGAAAAAGGUUACCCAGUCUACUGACUAAUACUUACCUCUCUAUCAACAUUACUAAAGCAUUUGAUAUGGUUAUUAUCACAUUGUUCUUUUGGGGGCUUUUUGUGUGAAGAUUUGUUGUCCCAUUUCUGUGUUAUAAUGGUGACUAAACUUCAAAAAAUACAUCAUUAGUUCUAAGUUGUUCUGGGUUUGAAAGGUGCUAUAUGAAUGCAUUCUUUUCAAAGCAUUUUACUUAAUUUAUGGAAAUCAACACUUGAUUUAAAGCAUUCUUUGGAACCUUGUGUCAGUUGAAAGCAUAUUAACCUUGUUGAUGCAGACAAGUGAUCCAUAUAACCGUACAAGACCACCAUUUCAUGGAAUUACAAAACCAAUGCAAGGUUAUUGCCUACUGUCACUUGUUGGUACUCCAAAUGAUACAAUGAGAGAAAGUAACAGAUACUGAGACAAAAUAUGUUUAAAUACAUGUCCAUUACAAUCUCUAAUUUUUAUUAACUACCUUACAAAACAAUCUUGUACUUUAAGUUAUUAAAGUCAGCUUUUUUUCUGAUAAGACUGCUUAAAGUAUGAUCCAUAAAACUUUACAUGGACUGGAUUGAUUCAACUCUAACUUUAUAAAUGAUUUCUGGAACAGAGCUGAGUAAAUAUGAUGAGAAUUGUUAAUGUUUGAAAAGCUAUUUUUAUGAAUAAUUCAUCAUAUAUGUUUAUUAUUGUAAUUUUUAAAAUACCU